AUAAGUUAUGAUAAAAUGUUUCCACAAGGUAUAAAUCAAAUUAAAGACAUUUUCCUUGGUUAGUAAAUAAAAGGAAACGAUACUAAACGCACUUUAUCAUUUUGAUCGCAACUCAUGAAGAUGGAGUUCGCCGGUUUUCAAGAUGUGAUUAUAAAGUGAUAUGAAGUUUAGGAGAAGAAAUCAAUAUGGCUCUCAAAUUGGGAAAAUGCAGGCUCUGCCUGAAGCUGGGCGACUUUUACUCAAUAUUUACCGUGGACAAUGCCCUACAGUUGGCGGAAAUGGUGAUGGAAUGCACGAGAGUCAAGGUAUAUGAAGGCGAUGGAUUGCCAGACAAAAUCUGUACCGAGUGUGUGCAGAAGCUAAGUAGCGCUUACAUAUUUAAGCAGCAGUGCGAGAGAGCUGAUCAAGAACUGAGGAGGAACUAUGUCCCACCACCAGGCUUCAGUAUCACCCCACCACCGCCUAACAGACAGAGCAGUGACUCUGCUUUCUCGACACAUACCGACACCUCCAACCAGCUGUCCAAGCCGCCGUCCUCCGCCGACCAGACUCCCAACAACAGGGGUCGCAAACGCAGCCGUAGUCGCAGCAUCGACGCCGCCUCUGUCGGCUCUCGAACACAAGACCUCCCCGCCAAACGCGUCCAAGAACUCAAAAACUCGCACAAAAAAAGACCUAGAGUUGACUCUCCUAACACAUCCUAUGCCGAUUCCGACUAUGAAUACGACAAUAGCGCCUCGCAAUUCUCUAUGGAAACCGAUUCGGAUGAACCACUGUUGGGUCCCUAUAAAUGUACAAAAUGUGACAAGGUUUUCACGAAAAUACGUAGUCGCGCGUCUCACAUGCGCAUUCAUACUCGAGAAGCGUUAGGACAGAACGCAGUCGUAGACAUACCUAGAGAUGACUAUGUGGAUGAGCCAACAGGUGAUGACUAUGUGGACACAUCUAGAGGUGAGGACGCUCUCGACGACGAGGACAAGUUGAGCUGUGAGAAGUGCGACAAAACAUUCAAGUUGAAAAUCAUGCUGAAGCGACACAUGUCCACAUGCACCGGGAGACCGCCGCCUCCGACGGUGUCGCCACAGAAAGAGCUGCUGAUAUCUCUCCAGCCGAUCGACCAAGUGCCGGUGGGGAAACUCGUGUGUGACAUCUGCACGGCGAGGUUCAAGACGUUGGACAGUCUGAGGAAGCACAUGCGGGUGAUCCACGCCGCCGUGCCGAAGAUCGAUACGAUAGUGCUGCCGAAAAACCCCGUGGCGAUACCUUGCAUGUUCUGUCGGAAGAUCUUCGAUGAUUAUUUCCUGCACACGGAACAUUUCAACAAGUGUCCUGAGAAAAGGCCUGUGACGAGUUACGAGUGUCCGAUGUGUGACAAGUCGAUAUCUCGUAUUCAGAACUACCUGAGCCACUUGCGGGGCAGCCACUUCGAGCAGAAGCUGCCGGUGCGCGAGCAGCAGCCGGAGUUCGCGUGCCGCCUGUGCCCCAAGAAGCUGGCCUCGCAGGACCUGCUCGUGUCGCAUCUGGCCGCACACAUGUCCACCAUUGAUAACGAAAAUGACGAUAAUUCCAGGGCCAGCACAGCAGAUGACGCGGUCUCAGACACCAGCUACCAGGGCUACAUGCCUCACGGGCCCAACAAGUGUCCCUAUUGCAUCAAAUCCUUCUCAUACAAAAAGGUCCUCGACAACCAUAUCGUCAAAGUUCAUUCCAAUGUCCCGGAACUGCCUUUAGAAGUCAAAGUGGAAGUCCCGCCCGAUAAGAAUCCUUCAACAAGUUUACUAACAGAAAAAUACGCAGCAAGCGAUUCGGAAUCUAGUCAAGAGGAAGCGGAGGACCUCACCUGCGAUAUUUGCGAGAAGAUGUUCUCCUACAAGCGGCUGCUGCUGCAGCACAAACGCACCAAACACAACAUGAGCUCCGGACACAAGCGAGCGAAGAUAAAUCUCAAAGACUGUUCUGUGCGUUGCCUCAUUUGCGACGUGGAGAUGAAAGUCAGCGCCGUUAAUGAGCACAAUCAGAAGCAUAUUACUGCCAACAUAAAGCCGAGGAACCUGUACACGUGUGCGCAGUGUGGAGAGAAGUUCAAGGCGUGCAGCGGUCUAGCGAACCACAUCAAGCUGAUCCACCGCUUGAAGCAGGUGCCGAAGCCGAAGGUGCCGAAGCUGCAGGGGGGGUCGGAGCUGGCGGAUUUUUGCGAGGUCGUUGUGACGAAGACGGAGCCCCUGGACGACAUCCAGAAUCACAACGGCACGGAGGUUCCGUCGACCGCGGCGCCACUAAUCAACCUGAGCGGGUUCACGUGCCCCAUCUGCGGUAAGACGCUGGGCACGCUCAUCUCGCUCAAGAGGCACGUCAACUGGCACUCCAACGUCGGCAACAACAUCGAGAGCAAGGUCGAGUGCUUCGUUUGUAAAGAGACAUUCCGCUUCAAACGUCACUACAGACUGCACAUGAGCUUGCACUACAAGGACCCCAACAUCGACCCGAAACACCUGACGUGUACCAUCUGCAAUCGCAAGAGUAAACAUCUGCGCGCCGCCCUCGCUCACAUGAACUUCCACAAGCAAACCCGAUUCCAAAACAAAGACUACCAGUGCUCCAUCUGCAAGCGAGUCUUCCAAUACAGAAAAGUGUACCUCUCCCACAUGGCGAUCCACUACAAGCGAGGUGAAAGCAUCCAGAACACUGUUGUCGGCGACAUCUUACCUGAAAACGCGGACAAAACCGCCUUCGAUGGAAGCCAUACUUGCCAUUUGUGCGGAAAGGUCUGCGACUCUGAAACCUCACUCAAAUGUCACGUCACCUGGCACAAGUCCAAAACGUCGCUCUUCGGUAAUAGACACGAAUGUCAUAUCUGUCAAGUCCAGUUCACCAAUAAGAGAAGAUUAGAAUAUCACAUUCGAGAACAUUAUGAGGAUGAAAACGGUCCGUACAAGUGCACUAUUUGCGGGAAAGGCUACAUCGACGAGGAAUAUUUCAAACGGCAUCUCAAAGGGCAUAAUUUUGAUAAUCAGUGUCACAAAAAGAGGAUAGAGAAAUUGAGAAAAGACAAGGUGAAGUGCCCCAUUUGUACUCGGUUCUAUCCGGAUCUGCUGCAUUUGAUUAGGCAUAUUAAACGGACGCAUCCGGAAAGUAAGAUGAUUAAAAACGAUCCUGACGCGCCUCCGCCCAUGUACUAUUCGUGCAAGUUGUGCGCCAAAGUGUUCGUGGACCAGCGCCGGCUGCAGUGCCACGAGGAAGCUCACCUGAGGAAGCCAGAGUUCUUCAAAUGCAAGUUCUGCGGCAAGAAAACGAUAUCCCUCAAAAGCCACAGGAUCCACAUCAAGGGGCAUUUGACGACCAAGUUCCUGGACAAUCCGCUGAAAUGCACGCAAUGCGACGACAUGUUUAUCAAGGGCUACGACCUGCACCACCACCUGCGCGACGCCCACAACAUCGAGGAGACCUGGAUCGCGGACCGCAAUGAGCAGGCUCUGACCGGCCCGCUCAAGGACCUGCAGUGUUCCGUGUGUCUCAAGAUCUUGGCCAGCAAGGGGAACUACGAGCGCCAUCUCGAUUACCACAACUCUCUGCGGUGCAACUAUUGCUUCGACUAUUUCAGCUCCCUGCGGUUCUUGGAGGGGCAUCUGGCAUUCAGUUGCGAUAAGAAGAAGUUGAUAGGCGACACCGAGCCCCAUCCGAGGAAAAUCAAAUGCAACGUUUGCUACAAAGCUUUCCACUUGCAAGUCAAGUUGGACUGCCACUUGCGAACUCAGCACGACAUCAAAGUCAACAAGGAGGCUUCCUCUGAAAGAAAAGACUUUGUGUGUGAUUAUUGCUUCAAGGUGUUCGAGAACGAGUAUUGCUUGAACACUCACAAAAUCUACCACCGCGUCAUCGGAUAUUACGGCUGCAUCUACUGUAACAGGAAAUUCAACACGUUGACGUUGUAUCGGAAGCAUAAGAAUCACCACUUCUCGCAACUGAAUGUCGACAAUCCUACCAAAUGCGAACAUUGCGACGAGACCUUCGUGGCCUUCCGCGAGAUGAUCAGCCACAUGAAGGAAGUCCACAACGACGACAAGGAGUGGGUGACGAUGCCCAAGGAAGUCAUAGAAGAGGAAUGCCCCAUCUGCAAGAAAGUUUUCUAUAAUCUGCACCGCCACUUGGAUUAUCACGAGGAAAAUAGGUGUAAGAAGUGCGGGGAAUACUUCUACUCGCGGACGGACUACGACAACCAUUUGUGCAGCAUUGAGAGUGAUGACGAGACCGCAGAGAGAUGCGACGGGAGUUUGGAGUCGCAGUACCAAGAGUGUACCUUCUGCUUCAAGCCGAUAACGCGGGUCAGUUCAGAGUUGAAGCAUGUGAAGAUACACAGGGGCUCGGGCUCCAUAUCCUGCCGCUUCUGCCCGCACAAGUUCAAAACGAUGGACGCUUUCAACAUCCACGCAUUCUCGCACCGAAGUAGGAAAUACAAUAAGAAGCCAAUAAAGUGCCGGAAAUGCAACGAGCAUUUCGUGAAAUAUGGGCCGUUCAUUAAGCACAUGAAAACAGUGCACAAGUCCACUCAGAAGAUGCAUUACCGGGCCAUCGUGAAGGCGGAGCCCUGCGUGGUGUGUGGCGAAGACUUCCCCAAUCUGCACAACCACUACCGGGCGCAUCUGCAGAACCAAUGCCAGAACUGUAAGAAGUACUUCACCUCUUCCAAACUGUUUUCGCGUCACCAGUGUGACGUGGAAGACGCCGAUCCUUCUAAAGUGUUCACGUGCGAUGAGAAUCUCCUAGUCCUUAUAAACACGUACAUUCCCAAAGACGAAAAAGAUGACGAGAAAUACUACGGCCACGACGACCCGAACGAAGAAGAAGACGAACAAGAGGAAACUAGAGAUUAUAUAAAUUCGAGUGAUAUAAAGACGAUUGUCGAGAGCCAAGACGAGGAGAGUCAAGAGGCGCCUGCGGUGGCGCCCGAUCCGGACGAAAGGAGUCUCCACUUGAUGGCGCAGUCGCCGAUCAUAUCGGAUGUCCUCUCGCUCUAUCAGAACCAACAGGACGACGACGUCGUCCAUCUCACUGAUGACGACUCCAUGGACAUCGAUGUCAGUAUUCCUGUUAUAACUAUUGAUUAAAAGAAUAGAAAAAUAUUGAGUUGGGCUCAAAUAGAAAGGUAACGUAUACAGUGUCUAUAAUAAAUACUAAACUAUUUAAAGUAUGACAUUAAAAUCACGUGACACAAGUUGAUCGUAAAUUAGAACAAGCACCACAAUUAUUUAGUUCAUCAAAAACAAAACAAUAGUUUAAUUGCGGCAAUUAAUAGUACUUCAAUAGUUGACACUUCUGUAUGUGGAGGCUAGUACAUAAGGUUUUAGAGCAACAUCUUGAUAACAAAUAUCGCUUUGUUGAGAUUGCCCACACACAUAAAGGUUUCAACUAUGUCUCAGUGAACUCAUACCUUAAAGCAUUUUCUACGAAAAUUUUGCUAAAUCACUAUUUAGAAAAUCUAAACAAGUUUAAGAUGAUAAGUGGUACCUAGUUAAUAUUUCCUACAUCCUAGAAUUGUAUUGAUCUUACCAAUUUUUAGUAUAUGUGGCCGUCCAAAUCAAAAGUGACCUUACGGCGCCCGGCACUUACGCCUUUAUUGCCGUUGUUUGUUUUUUUAUUCGAACAAAGGCAAUAAAUAAAUAAUAAAUAAAAGUGCCAGCUGCCAUAAGGUCCUUUUUGAUUUGAACAACCACAUAUUGUGGUGUUUAGUAAUUACUGAUGUGAAGUUACUAAUAUUUGCCCUAGAUGUAAGAAUACCUAAAAGGUACUGGAAUUUUACAGGAUAAAAUUUGUAACGGCAUUUAUUUUAUUGGAAUAUUUUUGAUGAAAAAUAUUGUAUUGAAAUCGACAAAAUUAUGAUAAGUGUGUAUGAAUGUUUAUGGACCAUUCUAUGUGAAAUGUUUUUGUGGCCACAUUGUUAUAAUUUAUUUUUUUGAUACAAAAAUAAAUGAAGAAAUAUCUUACGAUUUGGUUACUAGAAAUUACCAUUACUAUGACGUAAUAAUUAUUUGGGGAGCAGUAGGACAAUUUCUAUUGUAAACAAGGUAUAUUUAAUAUCGCCCAAUUAUUUUAUAAAACAUACUAUAUGGAGCUGUACAUAUUUAGACACUACCGGCUAUAAAGCUGCCAUGUAUAUAUUUUAAGGCCAUUUAUAUGUUAAGUGUAAAAUGAAGCAUGUUUUCGUAUUCAGAAUUUAUAUAAAAUUAUCAUCGUGUUUUUUUUUUCAUUAAGUGAUUCUUUCAAGUGGCCAGUGAUAUAUAUUUUUAGUUUCUUUUUUUGUUGAUUAAUGUAAGCGAAAACAUUCGAGUAUUUCUAAGGAUCUGGAAUACUAGUCGAUAAGCUAGUGAUUGGCGUUGAUUUUGUUCAUAAAUAGAGGUGAGUAAUUAUUCAAAUGUUUUUUUCAAUGUUUCUUCAUUUUUGGUUUUAAGAAUAUCACCUAGCAUAAAUACAUUUGUAUAAAUACAAUACUACGAUGUGAAUCGCGUACUAGUUUUUAUUAGUAAAGUUGAAGAUUAGCUUAGUACUUAUCAUUUGAUUUAUUUACUCACCUGCUCAUCGCAAAUCGUGUAAGAAAUUAUGAUAUUGAUAGUUUACGUAAGUAGCAAACAAUUUAUUAUUUAAUGAAACGUUAGUGCGUAUGGAUAGAUAUCUUUAAUAUUCUGAUUCGUAGGUAUUUUUAAUAAUAAUAAAUUAUAACUUCAGAAAUUCAAUUCAUCGUCUAAAAAUGCCCAGGAAAAAAUAGAAUUAAUAUUUUGGCAUGUAAGGGAAGAAAAUCGCAUUUUUUAAACGUUGUAAAUAGUAUAUGAUUGUAUUACCAUUCCGAUAAGUGUGUUUGAAAGCGCUAUAACAGCUAUUAUAAAGGUCAGUUCGAAACAAUGCAAGGCCGCCAUAUAUGAAAACUAUAAUUUGGAUAUAAAUGUCGAUCCUUGUCCCUUCUGUUAAUAUUUGCUCGUGAAGUUUAUUCUUAUUGCACAUAGGCCGUAAUGCUAGUUUGCAAUUCGAUAUCAACUAUACUUUUCGCAGUUGGACGCAGUGAACCAAUCACAUUGCGGUGUGGUUGUCGUCGCGUCAAGGCCAUACUGUGAUUGGUUCUGUGCGUUUUAUUGCGAAGUUUCGACAAACUAUGUAGAAUUGCGAUUUCUCGUACAGUCGACCGGUAGGUAAUUGACUGUACUAUGCGUUCAGAUUUAUUAUUUUCAUUGUAUUUAUAGUUAAUUUACCAAAGUAGGCAAUUGCAGCAAUGUUUUAACCUGAAUACGUGUAAUAUGUUUGGUUAAUUUUGAGUUAUUCUACCUUUUUAUUGUCCAUUAUGAUUUGCUUAUUAUAUGUAAUGUUGCUACAUUUUUAUUUUGACAUUCUUUGUCUUGGGACUAAUUUUAUUUUCUAAUUAAUGUCGUUGUUGAAAAUAGAAAAUAAAAAGAUAAUUAUAAGCA